AUUCAUGGUACACCCUCCCAGGUGAUUUCACUUAUUUUGGCUGAUUAGACCUCUUGUCGGUACAGUGUGAGCAAGUUCAGACACUGCUUGAUUGAUUGUCCCUCACUCACUCAUUAGUUUUGUGGUUAGGGUGCGACUGUUACACCUUUAUCAUUCUGACUGGAACAUGGAGGCCGGUGACAUCACACCUAACCUCAACCUGAGCAGAUAUCUACACUAAUUAGCCAAAUUAAAAACACCUGAGGAGUCUGCAGGGCCUUUAGAUAUGCUGUUUUUUUCUGUUUGAGUGUUUAGUUCGGUCAUUUGGGGGCAGAAGAACUAUAUGCUAACAUUUUCGGAGGCAUUACUGAUAAUUUACAAAUCCAGCAGGCAUGGGGAGAUAUUAGCAUUCAACUGCAGUCAUGUUUCUGUCCACUGGAUAAAAGCAUCCCCCCUCCGCCUGGGCAGAUGUCCCUCUCAUUUGGGCCUGACUGGAAAGGAAAUGGGAACAUCUGGGGAGAGGGACAGGAUCCAUGGAGGAAAAAAACAAGAGGAGGAAGAGUGGAGUCAGGAGUAGGAGGAGAGUGACUUUCCUGGAACACUGCUGGAGGGUUAAAACAGUUGUUUCCCUCAUGAUCCAGUCAAUUGCCAGGAAGAAUAGGAAUGGUGAAAGUAGACAUCCCCGCUCAAUGCAUGACUUUACAUGAGGUUUCAUCACAUGAGUUCUCGAUUACGGUCAAGCAGUGUAGACAGGCCUCUCUCAUGCCAGUCUUGAGGCCAUUCUGAACAGAUGUUGGCAGAGCCAGCUGGACAUGGCGACCUUGAGUUGCUAACCAGAAUGCCCUCUGAAGACCGGCACCUAUCCUCGAGCUGUGGUUCUUACGUCAAAACCGAACCUUCCAGUCCUUCCUCCUCGCUAGUAGACACCGGCAGUCACCACAGUCCCAGUGGCAACUCUGACGCCAGUGGCGGCUACAUUAACGGCGGCAGCGGACGCUCACACGCCCUGGACUCCCCGCCAAUGUUCAACCCAGGCAUGCUCGGAGGUGGUGGCGCCUGCCUACGCCGCUACGAGGAGUGCGCCGGUGGCGUGGUAGACGACUCGCCAAUCAAGUGCGAGUACAUGCUCAAUGCCAUUCCCAAGAGGCUGUGCCUAGUGUGUGGCGACAUUGCCUCAGGGUACCACUACGGGGUGGCCUCCUGUGAGGCCUGCAAAGCCUUUUUCAAAAGGACGAUACAAGGGAAUAUUGAAUACAGCUGUCCGGCCACCAAUGAAUGUGAGAUCACCAAAAGGAGACGCAAGUCGUGCCAAGCCUGCCGCUUCAUGAAAUGUCUUAAAGUUGGCAUGUUGAAAGAAGGUGUACGUCUGGACCGGGUGAGAGGGGGGCGACAGAAGUACAAACGAAGGAUGGACGCAGAGAAUGGCGGCUACCUCGGUCUUACCAUCCCCCCUCCAGCCAAAAAGCCAUUGACAAAGAUCGUUUCCCAUCUGUUGGUGGUGGAGCCAGAGAAGAUAUAUGCCAUGCCUGACCCCACAAUGCCCGACGGAGACAUCAAGGCCCUGACCACGCUGUGCGACUUGGCCGACCGUGAGCUGGUGGUCAUCAUCGGCUGGGCAAAACAUAUCCCAGGUUUUUCCACUCUCUCACUGGCGGACCAGAUGAGUCUACUGCAGAGUGCCUGGAUGGAGAUCCUGGUGCUGAGCAUUGUGUUUCGCUCGCUGUCGUGCGAGGACGAGAUCGUCUACGCAGAGGACUACGUGGUGGACGAGGAGCAGGCGAGGAUCUCAGGCCUGCUGGACCUGCAUGUUGCCAUCCUGCCACUUGUUCGACGCUACAAGAAGCUGCGCAUUGAUAAGGAGGAGUUUGUCACGCUUAAAGCCAUUGCUCUCGCCAAUUCAGACUCCAUGCACAUAGAAAAUAUCGAGGCGGUACAAAGGCUCCAGGAUUCUCUCCACGAGGCUCUGCAGGACUUUGAGGGCUCCCAGCAUCCGGAGGACCCUCGACGGGCAGGCAAGCUGUUAAUGACCCUGCCUCUGCUCCGUCAGACCGCCACCAAGGCUGUUCAGCACUUCUACAGCAUCAAAAUGCAGGGCAAAGUCCCCAUGCACAAACUAUUCCUUGAGAUGCUGGAGGCCAAGGCUUGACACCCGGGCCAGAUGUUUGACAGACAGCUGCAUCACCCAAUGCGAGGCGAGGGACAGCCCAUAAAAAAAAAAUAAGGUGGUGUGCCAACUGACAGUGAGAGGAUGAAGCUGGGACUACUGAGUCAUUUUAACACCUUUAAACGGUAAUAAACAAAAAGAAAGAAGGACUUGAAAUGUUUUAAAAGGGUGAAUAUCAACCUGAUUGGUGUGGGAUCAUGAUGAUGUAUAUAAAGAUGUUGUGUACAGAAAUCAGGCAACCAAGGUCUUGUUAUAACCAGAGACCCAAUGCUCUAUAUCACCUGAAGCUUCUGUGAAUUUGUUACUUAUCUUAUUUUCAUCUCAAAAUGGAAGUGUGUUAAUAUAAAUGUCCUAAAGAACUGUACGGCUACGUAGCCUCAUAUGUGAUUUUGUUUUUUUCUUUCAUAUUUUCUAAUCUCAGUUGUUAAAGCAAUAGUCUCUAACUGGUCUACAUAUAAUAUGUGUACUGUAUAUUGUGUGAAAUUGCACUGGGCGGGGGGAAAAUUGUUAGACAUAUUCUUAUAUUCGUCAUCAAAGAAAGCGGUACCCACUGUGGGUAUGUAAGAUUCUCGAUUUCCUCGUGAUAUAUUUACCUCGUGGUAGCGUCAUCGACUCGGUGGUUAUAGUCAACUUGGUGCUUACAGAAGGACGGUGGUUGGCUAGUGAUCAAAGAGUUUGCACUAAGCAUCUAUGAAUAAUGUGGCAAUAAUGGGUAUUGUACUAGUGAGUCUCAGUCAGUGGUUUUUGCUUAUAGAGACUAACCCCCCAACACCCCCCCCCCUUCUCACUCCACACUUCUCUCUAUGUUCUGAAAUAUUGGCAACUAAACGUACUGUGAAACAUACACACAAUAGUGAUAAGCUAAAUUCUGUGCUAUUUUUAAAAACUAGAUUGUACGGCUUGACAACAAAUGUAUUUAUUUUCUAUAGAUCCAGGUAGUGGACACAAUAACAGAUUUGUCUAUACAAUAUAAUGCAAUCCAAAUAUGCCCUUUAAUGCAACCUGAUAGCCCUGCAAUAAAUACUACCUUUGUGAAGCUUAUAAUGUACAGUUUGUGUCAGAUAGGUGCUGAUUCUGAGUCUGUAGAUGUUGUAUCAGAUUGCAUUAUAUCGUACAAGUGUGGCUGUUAUUGUUGUAUUCAGCCCAACUUUAUAUAGGUUGUAUUCUCAAACAACAAGUGUCACUAUAUUGGUUAGUUGCGCAGCUAAGAACAUUAGUUUGUUUUCCACUUCCAGCCAGGUUGAUACCAAAGUCUUUAUGCUAGCCUCACACAUCUGAACUUCAAACAAUUUUAGGAGCCUGUAUUUUGUUCUCAGUGUGACCUGCCGGAUGCGUUCCAACAGAUCACCAGAGAUUUAAGUGCGUGUGAAACAAUAUAAUGAAUUUUCUUCUUAUAAUUUCCUUUUUAUUAAACCAUUAGCAACAGUUCACGUGGAUAUUAGUCAAUAUAAUGACACUUGUGUUCCUGAGAAUAACUUGAAUUACACUCUGAAUUGAAACUCAACAAACAAUAAUGACAGAAUAUAUCAGACCUCACUAAUGUUCUGUAUAUAUAACUGUUUUAUAGCUCGUCUUUAAUGAAGGUGCUAAUCAUUCAGACUGGCACUGAAUGUGCAUUUCUACAAACGCUGACACUCUGACACACUGAGGUGCACAAACUAAUUUAAUAAAUCUGUAUAUUCCAGAUGUUUUAGAGCGUAAUUUCUAUCAAUUGUAAGCCAGUUGUCAAAUUAUUCAAAGAUAGCAGUCAAAAUAAUGUGAUACAGUUAUCAGCAGUAUUUCUGUCCUGAUAACCUGAGCAGGUUAGAUGGAACAUGUUAUCAUAAGAUCAAAAUAAUACAAUAAUAGAUUAAUCAGCUGCUCUUAGGAUUAUAGUGAGACAGAUAUUGACCCUUAUAAAACACUUUAACACAGUCUUUGAAGUGUCAAGUGCCAUUAGCUUCUGCCCAAACAGGUAACUAGAAAGAAAACAUAAAGCCAAGCGACCAGUAACUACAGACGCAGGCCAGUUUCUGCACUUGAGAUGAUCCCCACAGGAGCAGACGCUAUUGAUUCACUGUAAUGUAAUGAAUAGAUAAUUAUAACCCAAAUACAGUAGAGAAUACAGUUCCCAUGAUGCAAUUCCCCAAACGUGUAACCAGCUAAUCCAUCCUCAGUUGAAAUUAGGGAUGUAUCACCUUUGUACAGUAGCAAACCAAAGCAUAGUGUCCUCAAAUACUUUAAAAUGAAACACAGAGCAAGUAAUACUCAUAAAACAGCAACACCGAACUUGACUGCUGUUUUCACAUGAAUAUGGUUGUAUUUUAAUGAUGGUUAGACCUUCACUCUGCUGAGUGUCCAGCUGUGCGUAUACUCAAAAGCCAAGAUGAAAAUCUUUUAUCUUUUUAUUCAGUCAAUUUAUGCAUUGAUUACACAUCAGUCUCUUUGUCAAUAUGAGGCACUGUGUGAAGUUGCACCCUGUAGUCCAACUAUUAGAUGAAACUACCAUAAAAAAUGUGAUGUUUUUUUAAUACUGAAGACUGUGUUGAAACAUUUGAAGGAGACCGCGUCAAUAAGCUAACUCAUUUCAUGUUGUGCUGGUUGUGUGAAGCGUCAGUGAAAACAAAAACUUGACCAAAACAUCCAAACCAACCCUCCCUCCUCUCAUCAGAGUUCGUUCGUUGCACUUUGAAGACUGUUAGCAGAUAAUUGUUUCCCAACUUUCCCUUCUCUCAAAUUAAUAUAAGAAAAUAAAAAGGGAAAAAUGCUUAAUUUAUUUUCAGAGUUCUAAAACGGUUCUACUGCAUCCAAUUAAUCCUAAUUGUCUCCUAAGCCGAAAUUCUCAAUAGAAAUGGAGCAAUUAAAUUUCUGCUUUGGCUCUACCUUGGGGACAAGAGACAUUUUAUUUCGGUUGACAGUGGGGAGGGUUUGUCUAAACCUUUACAAAGGCGAUUUCAUGGGCGUCUGUAAUAGUUUCAUAACAGAACGAUCACUGGGCUAUGCAAGGCAAAUAUGGCCACCUAUGUUCCUUGUGUUGUGGAGAAUCAGACCCACAUUUAGUUGUGCUUUGUUUACAACGUGGACAUACUGUACAGUGCAAAUGUAUUGUGCAUAUUUCACUAUACUAUACUUUAGCUGCUGUGCAUUGAUGUAACUAUGAUUAUUUGUUUCAUUUCCCCGCUUUAAUGAAUUUCUCAUGAUGUAUUAACAACUUCAUCACAGAUUUAGAGCCCACCUGAUUACCUGUAUAAUGUAAAUCAUUGUAUUAAGUCAACGUGAGAAUAAGUUAUAUUUGGUUUAACGUUGGAUAUUCUCUUAUUUUCUUUUGUGUGUCUCUCAUUGCUGAAACACACACACUCUGUGUGAUCAUCGAUUUUGGUUAUCGGCACAGCAGGACGUACAGCAAGCAAAGUACUCUAGACCCUAUACCUCAAUUCAUAUUUUGAAAAUUACACUGGGUUUGGAAGCGGGCCAUGGGUUCCUCCAGGGAAUCAGUGGCACAGAAAUAAAGUGACAUCACUGACUGGGUAUUAAAAAAAAUGUAGAUGAACCUACUGCAAUUGGGGAACACAUUCCUCGGAGGAGAAAGCUGCUUAUUCGUUGUUCCAUUUGCGGACUUAUCUUAUCUCCGUGCACUCUGAGAUGACAAGAUUUACAUAAAACAUGGAGGAACCACCCUGGCCGUCCUAGUCCGCGGUGUAUAAAGGACCCUGCUAGGUGUAUGUACUAUAGACAUGUGAUUACCCAAGAGGUUUACUCCCCUCAAAAGCAAUAUGUUAGCAAUUGCGAUAUAUGAAUCAAGUUAAAAGGCAGCUUUGGUUCAUUUUAAUUAUAAACUUACCUUAUGCUCGGGAAAAAGGACAGGGUAACUAUGCACACACGUUCAGAGUCCUGGGGAGACAAAGGGAAAAAUGUGAAAAAAUGUUGGAACUGAGAAGCAAAAAGCCAACCACAGCUGGGUUUCACUGGACAGUAUUGUGUGGCAUUUUCUUGUGUUUUGUUUGUUGUGUUCAUGCCUACUGUACCCAUGUGUAAAUAUAUGCUUUUUUUUUUUUUUUU